AUGGCUGACCGCACACAGCCGCUCCCGUCGCACACAAAGGUUCUCGCGGCCGUGAAGCCGAACCUAGAAACGCGCAAGAAUCACCAGCUUGGCCUGCAUGGGCCGCGACGCAGCAACCGCGACGCGGAAGAUCGUCACGGGGAGAACAGAGGUGCGGAAGAGGAUGCGCAGACGACUCGCGAGCCGCAGGAGCACUUGCACAGCCACGGUGAAGCACGCGCAGGCGGCAAGCCCCUCUCUUCAUCCCCCUCUGCCGCAGCGAGCGCAGGCCUCACCUGCCUCGUCUCCUUCACGGGUUUCCGCGACGAGGAUGAGUGGCGAGAGAACGAGGAUAAGGGCCAUGAUGCAUACGGCAAUCCCCUUGCCCACGCCGCAGGCGGUGAUGCGGCACCUUGUGCGGACUCACUCUCUGUGUGCAAACAGCUGGUCUCCGCACUGCCAGGGGCUCGGGUCGAAUCGAAGCUGACGAGCUCGACAACCGUCUUGGUGGCACGGCGCGGAUUCACAAGGAAGCGGCUGCUCGCCGCUCGCCAAGGAAUACCAGUUGUGCUGCCGAAGUGGGUGGCAAUGGGAUGCCCAGCGCUGCCCGCCAGCGGCGGCGCUUGCGGGACCAGCGCGGCUGCCUCUGCCUCCCUCCAUGACCUGUAUGCCGUGCCAUGGCUGUAUGGGUACGCCUUUUCCACCACUGGGCUGUCAAGAUCAGAGAAGGCGGCGAUAGACAGCGUGUGCACCGCGCACGGGGCAGUUGUUGAGCCCUCUCUCACGUACAAGUGCGACGUGCUGCUAACUAGCACGGAGUGCGUGCAGGCACUUCAGCGACUUCUCCAUUCUGACCGAGAAGGUGACGCGGCCCAGAGACGCCUUAACCAGCACCUACGUCACGCAGAUGUCCAGCGCACUGACGCGGGUCUGAUGGAGAGCUCGGGUGCAGAGAUGGCAGCACCUGGCAGUCGUGUCGGUGGGCCCAAGGCAGCGUGGCUGACUGACAAGGUGCGCUUUGCGCUGGAACUCGACGUCCCGGUGGUGGACUACGUCAAGCUGUUCACAAUGCUGCGUCUGGACCGUCUGCCGCCUCCGACGUGGACGCCCGGCAUAGAAGCGGUGAUGCACAAGUCGAGCUCGAAGGCGCGCCGGCCCUGCCACGACGACGUGGAGGACGGCCAACGCCAGUUCGCGGACGCGCUCGACAGCAGAGACUUUGACGCGAUUGUUAAUGUCUGUCGUGUGGGCGCACCAGCUGGGGGAAGCUCUGAGUGGGCGCGCAUCCUCUCCGUCUUUACCGACCGAGGUGACACGUCGACAGCCGGCUGCGGUCUCCAGAGCGACGGAGGCGCGGCAGAUGACAGCAAGGAAGACAGAACGCCCCCGGCCCCACUCGACAGCAUCGCCCUUCGGGACAACUCCAUGCAGUCCUGCUCGUCCUGCACCGACUCGGCGUCGACGGUGUCCGACCUGGAUGCGUGGGAGGAGUUGCUGAGCUGCGCGCUGGCGUCCUCUCUUGACGAACAGCGGACUCGACGCGCGGACGCCUACCGAGGUUUUAGCAGCUCAACUGACGUCACCAAGGCGGCCGACCAUCUCACGGGUACUACCCCCACGCCGACUACAGCUGCAACUACUACGACCACUGUAUCGCCGCCUUUGCAAGCUGUCUUGGAGAGGCUGACAGUGAACACAGCCGAUGUAGAGGACCUCGCUAAUGCAGACGCGGAGGAGCCGUCGACACUGCAGGUUCUCCUCCCGGACUACUACAGCGCGACCACCGGGUCUGGACCUCUUCCACGGUCCUCAUCCCAGGGGCGCCAUGCUCGCCAAGAGGUGCUGACGGCGACGGCGGAUGCCACGUGGGGCAGCGCUGCCGUAGACCCAUCGCCUCGGUGGACAACGAACGCCCUCCUUCACCGUGAGCCCGCGCUACCGCGCCGGUCGAGCCGCACCGACGAGCCGGUCGCAUGUGGGCAGCGCGAUGAAGCGGAGGCAGCGGCGCUUAGGCAACACACUGCUGUGCCCUACGCCAUGCAUUGCAGCGCAGAGCGUUUUCCGCCGCAGCUGCCGGCACGGGAUGCCGUAGCAAUCUCGCGAGAAGCGGCACCGCGGUACGCCGCUGUGAUGCGACCUGACGACAGAGUGGCAGCGUUGUCGCAGGCAAUAGUGGACAGCGGAGAACUACUAGCCGCCACGCAGGAUUUGGUGGAGUCCUGCGUGGCGGUGGGUGGGCUGGAGCUGGCAUCCGCGCAGCAGCUCGAUGCGUGCGAAACGAGAGCUCGCGGCGCCACCGCAGCACGCCAAGCUUUGCCGCUGCUCGCCAUGCAUCCGCCGUACCUCACCAUAUGUGUGCUCGGCUGCACCGAGUUGGAGCUGCGCAAGACAGCGCGAUGGUGUGAACAGUGCCGGCUGCUGCGCUCUCCUGUGCCAACAUCCGCCACAGAUAUCGUUCUUCUUGGGAGCCGCUUACUCACCAAGAAGCGGUACACGAUGCGCUCCGCCGUCGAUUCAGGCGAUGACGAGAGAGGCACGAAGGGAGACAAGAAGUGGGGGCAGCCGCGACCCGCACGCCACCGCAGUGCCUUGUCGCCUUCGAGCUUCGGCGCGAAUCGUCACCGUUGCGACCACGCUGGCCAUGGUGCGGCGUUGACCAUACGGUACUGGGAGAUGGACGCCUCGGUGGCGCGGGCGCUGGCGGACGUCUGCGGUAUUCCGCGGAGCCGUAUGGCCCCGCUCAAAUGGCUCGAAGACUCGGCGUCAGAGGCGCAGAAGGCCUGCGAAGCGGCGAAGCUCGCGGCAGGAUCGGAGGCGGCGCAACGGGGUGUCGCGCAUGCGCUGGCUGUUGACAGCGAAGGACGUUACACCGACACGUGUUGGACGGCAGCCACUACACCACCAGAAACGCUCGUUGCGCUACUCGAGGAGCACCUUGCUGCAGCGACAGAGUCCGAGGAGAGUGCAGCGCUCGCACGGCGGCCGCUCUUUCACCCGCUCCCGCCGCUCUCGCCUGAUCAACUACCGGACAUGGCAGACCUCAAGUACUACAUACGGUUGCGGCAGGCACCUGCCACGUGGGCAAGCAACCUCACCCCAAUAGCGGGACAGGGGCUCCACGACAUCGCAGCAGGAGCUGCAUCGGCUGGUUUGGAGUCGCGAGCACAGGUAAAGCGCAGCGAGAUGCACCACAGUGCGCACCAGGCUCUAAGCAACUCUGCGAAGCUGCCGGCGUCCAGAAGCGCACCUGUGGAGGAGGACAACUCGCUGGCAGCGACGACAUCUCUAUCUGCGGCUUCAGUCCAGGCAUCGACAGCGUCUCCUGCGCAGCAGCAUCGGCACGAGGAGAAGACUAGCCUUAGCGUGGCGGAUGCGCAGCAUUCCUUCAACGAAGCGUUGGAGACGGCAGGACGUCGGUUCAAUCAGCUCAUCGCGCUCUUCCGUGUCUCGGGUGACGGCGGCGAGGCACACGGGAGUGCCGGCGCUGCCGAGGUCGACCGUGAAGGACGCGACAGGGCGCUUGCAGCGUGUUAUUUCUGCUGCGUCGAAGGCGAGUACACUCGUGUGGACUGGGCUGUGGUGCGUGGCCUCAUCCGCUACGGCGGCGGCCGAGUUGAGAAGCGAGCCGCGCACGACUGGCAAACACUUAUGCAGCAGCAGCCUUCAGUGGCCGUGACGGCUACAAGCGCUGAGGCGCAGCAGGAUCAGCAAGCGCAGUGCUUUGCGCGUGCGCUACGCCGCGGCGUCGCGUAUGCGAAGCUCCGGAAAAAGCUGCGUCGUGUGAUGGAAAACGUCGAGGCCGCACACCAGACAAGCCGCCAGACUCCUGACGAAAUGCCCUCUGGGUGCAACGGCGCCGUGGGCGCGAGCGCCGACGCAGAGCAGGCGAACGCGGCGGAGGUGGCCCGCCUCACGGCAAAGCUACAGCUGAUGUCGCCUCUAUGCCAGCAGGCGCCGGUGCUGUGUCUGCUUCCGCACAGCUUCCAGCGCGCCCCAGAAGCGUCAGCGUCACCUUGCAAGCGCCUUCACGCUCUUCACCGCCUCCCUGCCGUGACGAUGGACUACGUGCUUGCAUGCGUCGCCGUCGGCUACUGCCUCAACCCGCACAGCUGCUUCCUAUUUGAGAUGUCGAUCCCCAGCGCGCCGGACAUGCGCCUUUUUCACCAUCAGCCCGAGCAGCGCGGAGGCCGUAGCGCACCCUCGCAGAAAGCCGCGGCACGGCACACGGGGACUCGGCUACGCCUCGACGUCGCAGGAAGCAUCGUGCCCGAAGGCACUGGUGAAGAAGCGGGGCAACGGCAGCGCGCUGGUGCUGUGACCGCUGUCAGCGGCUGUGUUGGCCCAGCGCCGGCGCCGCCUUGCAGGCCAGUGCUUUCAAGCUGGGUGCUGGAACGUCGCUACAGCAAAACGGAUUCGGUGGGGGUGUGCAUAUCGGUCCUAUGGAAGCUUCCCACGCCACCGGCUGCGGGGGACCAGAGGUGCUGGUCGCGCAUUGACGCAGCCUCUCCGCCGGCGACGACGGCCACCAUCGAGCCUCGUCUCACGCCCGAUGCAUCGCUGUUGCCGCUGCUCCGCGUGCUGCUUCUGGGAUUUCGCAACGCGGUCGAGGCCUUGGGCGGCCAUGUCGCCGAUACCUUCUCGCCGUCGGCUGUGACGCACGUCGUCUCUGUGGACGUAGGCGGCAUCCUCUCUGGCACUCUCGGCGACGCGUUCACAAGCGACGUGGUGGGUAAAAGGGAUGCCGUGGUCGGCAGCAGUGACGGCGACAGACUCUUUCCGUACUGGCCGAUGGAGAGCAUCGAGAGCGUUGCGCGCUGCGCCGCGCGCGACGAGGUGUCGUUAGUGGUCCUCGAGUGGUUGGCAGCGUGCGUCGAAUGGGGGGCUUUCGUGGAUGAAGCGGGGUACGCGCCACCGGCCGACCUGCUCGCGCUUGUGCAGGCGGAGAAGCAGAAAGCACUGUUUGUCUCCGCCCAGGCCGCUCGCACAGCGGUGCACCGACGAGCUGCACAGGCACAAAGGCCGCCGCCGCCGUGGCGAGCGCCGAACCACCGUCGCCCGAGCGAGCACCGGGACCAUGUAGCCGCUCCCUCUCCCGCCAAUCCAGAACCGUCUGGUGCUCUGACGGCACACGCAACUGACAUGGUACCGCACCUUGAGCGGCACCGCAAGCGGAUGCGGAUCCCACCACUCGGCGCGUCGGAGUCGGGGGCGCCACACACACCGCCGCAUCCUGGGCUGCUGGACUACGGCUCACCGCCCGACAGAGGCGAUAACGAAACGGAAGCGCACAACGAGUGUCGCACGCCGGUUAUGCGGCGCGUCUCCACUGCGACGACGACGUGGUGCGACAGUGGCGUAGAGCCAUGCACACCUCCCGUCAGAGACGCACCACCGCCAGGUAACGUCGCGCAACACCGUCAACAGUCUCUGCCGCCACAGCCUCUCUCCUCACCGGUGCCGCCUCCCCCUUGCCCGCAGAUGCUGUCCAGCCCCCACUCUGCCUCGCAAUCCAUGAGCUUUCGUGCUUGCAGUGCCGGCACUCCGUCCGCUGGCGACCAUGGCCACCACCGUCAGCAUCGCCGUCGCUGCUCAUCAUCUGCUUCACAACACAACACCCGCUCGCUGCUCGAGCAGCAGGACGCGGAGGCUUACGUGGAGCACCUCGGCAACCUCUUCAACUUCUUCUCUCCAGGAUCCACGCCGCUGCCGUCAUCGGCGCACCGCUGGCGCGAGCGCUCAAUCGCCACGCACGCUGAUCCUGACGCCGAUACACCGCAGCGGCUGCGCAGUACGUCAUCUCCGUCGCAGUGCACGCAGGUGCUCACGCCGUCGAAGACUGAAGCAACGCUGCAGGUGACGGCAGCGGAGACACCGGGUUCCACGGUAGGUGCCAGCCAUGUCCUUUCAACGCCACGGCGUCGUACACUGCGUGGCGCUGCUGCUGCCACUGCUGCCUACACCUCAUCAGCAACCAAGAACCCAGCUCCUACAAGCCCCGACAAGCAGCGUCGUCGUACAGAAGAACUUGCCAUCGACACGAAGAGCUCUGUGGCGGACUUGCAGAGGUGGAGGACACUGACAGGAGUUGUCGAUGGCUCCCGUGAUGCGGAAUCUGCUGCGCCGGGUGCAGGCGCGCCGCCUCCGCCGCGGUCCACCCUACCGAACUUGCUAGGCGGAAGCACCGAGCUGAGCCGUGGCGGCACCGUGGAAGCAAAGGCCGAUGACGUCAGCAGCGCCACGGCCAUCAGCUGUGAAGAAGCCGAUGCCAAGCAGCGACAGCCGCAGGGCGGUGACUGCACGGGGAGUGUGUGGAGCGCCCAAACACCGGACGAGCUCGCCGAAGGGAGGGGGCCGAAGUCGAUUGGAAUGGUCGCUGGGACUGCGCAGCAGCACAAAGCUGAAAAACGUAGCCGGGCAGCUGGAGGGCAGCAGGGCGCCAGCCACGCGCGCGUCCAGGUGGAGCUGGAGGAGCCACGUCACAGUGGGUCUUCGACCUUCUCAUGGAUGCAUGAUGUUAUUCCUGACUCGCAACAGCAGCGGCAGGAUAUCGCGGUGGUGGCGUGCGCAGACGCGGAGCUCAUGAACGGCGAUGUGCUGGUGCCCACCACCUUUAUCGAGGCAACAGCUGAGGCGUACGGGCAGACUGCUGCUGGCUCAGGCCCUUGCAAGGACGCCGCCACCCCUCUGCUGGCCGGCGAUUGCGAAGAGGCGGAGCAUGAAGACGACACUAAAGGCGUGUCUCCUGCGCCAGACGUGAUUGACACAGCCCCUCCCCCACCCGUUCCCAGGCCAACCACGUCCACAGGGACGACAACAUCGUUGGAGCACAAGGCUGUGCGCCAUCGUCUUGGGUCGUGUAGCGCGCCACGACGGCCCUCCUCGCCACCCUAUCAGUCGCCGCCGUCGACAACGAUGGUGGGAGAUGUCUAUGGAGGAGCGAACGUGGCCGAGGAGGAACCGCGAUCCAAAGCGCAAUGUGCACACACGGACAGCAAUGCACAGGGACUUUCUCCGUGGUCCCGACACCGGCCACUGAGCCUGUCACGUCGUCCCUCGCCUUUACCUGCGCCGGCAACGUCACCGUCGCACACCGAGCCGGCUGCCCUCGGCGCCGGUACCGCGGCCGCUAUUGGCCCCCGAGCAACGCUGGCGACAUCGUGCACAUGGGAGUGCCUGCGCAUCUAUGUGUUGCAUGACUUGCCGCACCGAGAAGCGCGCAUGCGCCGAUGCGAAGAGGCUCUCGAAGCCCUGAUGCGUCGCCGCGACGGGGUGGAGCCGAGACCGCACAUCGGCGUAGGGCUGCGCACCGCAGAACCGCCUGUGAAAGCGGGCGACCACUGCAGCAGCGUUGAUGUCGCCCCCGACCCUUCUCUACCCCUCUGGGGCCCGCGGCCUGCACCGCCUCUCCGCUUCGUGGCUCGCUGCGAGGACGCCGAUGUGCUGGUGACGCACCAAAUGAGCCUCCGUGAAAGUGUCCUUGUGGCGGUGGCGGCUGGGUGCUGGGUGGUGCGGCCGGGGUUCCUGGAGUGCGUCGUCGCUGUCCUCGACGGUGCCUGCUGCUGGAGCGACAAGAGUAGUACCACCAGUUUAAUGAGGAAUCCAUGGCCCACGCUGCAGCUGCAGCCGCAGCGGCACCAGGCCCUAGCCACGGCUGCAGCGGCGCCGAUGAAGGUGUCUGCAUUCUGCGUGGCGCGCCUGCGCAAGGCCUUGCCUACAUACGAGUGGACUGUGGAGGUGCUGCCACGUGCACCGGCGUCGGGGUGCCUGUCGGAAAGCGGCAGCAUGCUCCCGCUGCAGCGGGCGCUGGUGCAGCAGUGCCGUCGGCAGCGCCAGAUGCGGGAGCAGGCAGCAGGCGGCAGCGUCGAGAGUGGGGAUGCGGGACAGCCGUUCGCCGAUAGCCCAUCACGUCAGCGCCUCUUCGAGGGUAGCAGCUUUGUUCUCUUGUCCUCUCUUCAUGCAGUGAAUGUGUUUCCGGCGCGCGGGACGCGAACAGCCAAGGCGGGCGUGACGGAUGCAGAGAGCUGCGACACAUCAUCGCGGGUGCGCGCCAUCGAGCGCAUCUUGGAGGCCGGGGGCGGAUGCCUUUGCUGCAGUGUGCAGGUUGGCUGUCCAGCAGCAGACAAGGGGGAGAAGACGAGUCGAAUCACCGCCAUCACCGUCACAUCCCCGCACGUUGUGCCUGCCGCGCAACAGCUACUGCAGUGCUGUGUAUGUGCGCCAUCACGGCGCGGGCAGGGUCAUGGGCCACUGCGGCGCGGCCUCGCCAACACGGCCGCACCGGUGGUGAUGGACGCGGCGCUCUACCAUGACCUCCUGUGGCUUGUUUGCUACCAGGUACGCCGGAAGCCUUCUGAGACGCUGUACGUGUUGCUCGAUGGACACCUCCUCGGCACUAAUGCAGACGACUAUCACGCCAGUACCGCCGUGUACAUGUCACUGGCGCCACACACGGCUGUUACCGCUGGUGCUGCCGCUGCCGCCGGUCGCAGUGGCGAAGAGGCGGACAACGCACACCUGCCGACCACGUCGCCCCUCUCCGAGCACGAUCGUAUUUCGAAGAAGGGGCGCACAGAGGAUGUGGAGGCGCACGAUAGUACCCAGCCAACCGCGGAACCGGCAUCGGAGGCGGCGACCGUCGCAGCCGGUGCGUCUGCUUUCCCCAACACCUGCACGGUGGCGGCGUGGAUCUCUAGCUGGCUGCACCCCUCCUCGAACGACGGCAGUCUCUCAAAAGCGGGCGAUGGGCCACCGCCGUGUCGCCGUGGCUAUGCGCCAGCUGCUGCGCACGCGAUGCGACGUCAUCUUUGUGCUUGCUGCGCGGCGGUGAGCGCGGUUGACGACGAUGUGCGCGUGCCAGGCAGCGCCAGCGCGUCAUAUAACGUGGCGGAUGUUCCGUUUCCUGUACCCACCGUUCAAGAAGUGCAGCAGGCUUGCGCCGAUGUGGGUGGUGGCGCGAAGGCCGGGUCUACGAUCCCUGCAAGCCGUGUAACUGUCCGUCGUAUAGAGUUCCGAAGCACGGGCUGGGUCGGUGCGUGCGUAGCCGCGGGUAGCGCUGCUGUGAUGGCCGCCGCCGCUGACGGUUGGAUGAGGGAGUGCGAAGCGCACACCCUCUGGGGAACCCUUUUCCUGGAGUAA